UUAACAUGAAAACUGGAAGUACCAUAUUUUUGCUUUUGGCUGGAUUAGCAAUAUGCAAUGGGGCAGAUCUGGAGGACAUGGCGAAGGUGUCAAGUAAUAGACUUGUAAAUGGACAACUUGCAUAUGAAGGCCAAUUUCCAUACGCGGUGUCAAUACAAUUAUUGUUGAGUAACGGAACUCAAACGGAAGACAGAGGACAUCGGUGUGGCGGUGCACUUUUCACACGCUCCCACGUGGUCACUGCAGCCAGCUGUCUUAACUUCCAGCUCCUAAGUGCUAACGAGAUGAGAGUAUUCGCCGGUGCUGUUCUACUCACAAACGAUACAUCUUCUGAUCGGGUUAGGGGUGUAUCAAACAUCACUAUCCACCCAGAAUAUACUGGACCACCAGCCUUCGUCAACGAUGUGGCUGUUCUUGCUCUUCCUGUACCGUUUGCUGAAAAUGUUGUGACUCCUGCGGCGUUGCCAAGUUCAAACCACAACCCACCGGACUUCACGACUUGCACGGUUACUGGGUGGGGUGGAUACGACAUGACUUCACAAGCUAGCUUGCAACUGAGAUACGUACACAAGUACAUAUAUAACCAGAAUUUAUGUAUGUCCAUAUACAAUAGUAUGAUUGGUGCUACGAAUAUUUUACCAUCUAUGGUGUGCGCUGUUUCGUUGGAUCUUUUAUCUUCAAAUUGUAAUGGCGAUUAUGGAAAUCCAUUAGUCUGCGCGGGGACUUUCACUGGUAUACUUUCCCAAUCAGAUGGUUGUUCUAGAUCAUCGUUUCCUGAAAUUUAUACCAGAAUAUCCAACCAAACGCGUUGGCUAAGAAGCGUGUCAGGAUCCUCGGCAAUAUACGCACCAGGCGUAUUUGUUACAAUUGCAGUAUUCUCUGUCAUGCAAAUACUUUUUACAGCGUAAUUGAACUAGAUUCAAGACUGUCUGUGACUCAUUUUAUUUAGUUUUAUUGUUUGAUAUUUUUAUAU